GAGACUUUCGGGUAUCUGUUUUGAACGUAUGAAAAGUUUAUGCUACCAUACCAUGUUUGCAACUAUGUAUCUUUAAUUUUUUUGGAACAUAUUUUACGUCUGCAACGAAAUAGUGGAUAUGCAAACGGCACUGGGGGACACUUGGAACCAUAACAUCAGCUCUUAUAACCUGUCCUCUACGGACCCAGACCGCUUCAGCAGCCUGGAGGACAUAGAUAUGACUGCGGACGGCAGUCCAGCGCUUCGAAUCAUGAUAUCAAUCGUGUAUUCUGUGGUUUGCGCAGCGGGUUUGGUGGGGAAUUUGUUAGUCGUUUUCUUAAUGAAAGUGAGACAAGGAAGAAAAAGGUCCACCAUACACUUUUUUGUUCUUAAUCUGGCCAUGACAGACUUCCAGUUUGUCCUGACCCUGCCUUUCUGGGCUGUGGACACUGCUCUGGACUUCAGCUGGCCGUUUGGGAACGCGAUGUGCAAGAUCAUUCUCUCCGUUACUGUUAUGAACAUGUACGCGAGUGUGUUCUUCCUCACUGCUAUGAGUGUUACGCGCUACUGGUCCGUUGCCUCGGCUCUAAAGGACCGCACCAGACACAGAUAUUGUUCGGUGAGAUGGGUGAGCGCAGUGCUCUGGGUUUUUGCCACUGUGGCCACAGCUCCAACGGCUAUUUUCUCCAAUAUGACAAACAUCGCUGGGGAGAAGCUCUGCCUUUUGCGGUUCCCGGAGGGCCAGCACUGGCUGGCUUUAUAUCACUUACAAAAAAUCAUAAUUGCCUUUGUUUUCCCCAUGCUCAUAGUAACAAUUUGCUAUUUGAUGCUCCUACGAUUCGUUCGCCUGAGGAGUAUGAACAACAACCAUCCUAAACGGAGUAACAGAGUCACUAAAUCCGUUACCAUUGUGGUUCUUUCAUUCUUUUUGUGUUGGAUGCCAAAUCACGCCAUCACUUUCUGGGGCGUCCUGGUCAAAUUUAAUGUGGUGAACUGGGACAAGUCUUAUUAUAUGGUUCACACCUAUGUUUUCCCCGUGACCGUGUGCCUGGCACAUGCCAAUAGUUGCUUGAACCCAGUUUUAUAUUGUCUCAUGCGAAGAGAGUUCAGGAAAAUGCUGAAGGAUUUAUUCUGGCGGGUUUCCUCACCUGCGAACAGCUGCCAGAUACGUCCCUUUUCUGCAACUCGAAAAGCCUCUGUCCACGGUGACACACAAAUACCUUUGAAUGUCAUAGACACCGACCUCUGUCAACUGUCCAUUGUAAAUGGGCAAUGUGACGCAUUAGCGGAGGACAGCCAACCAUAAAGGUAACUUAAUGCGUAAAACCAGAGCUCUAAGCCGCUUCGUAAAACUCGUUCGUUUUUUUAUUGUCAAAAGAGUCAAAUAUUACGACAUGUAUUAUCCUCGACUCAAUGCAUAGGACUAAGAUGAGAACAUUAACUUUUCUAAAUUAACAGUAUUUAAGUUUAUAAAUGAUGAUAUUCUAUCAUGUAGCUUACCAAACCAUAAGAUGCCAGCUGCGCCAAGCAAAUAUUUGUCUCCGUGACUGGCCUCAGCCCCUAUGUGACUUCUAAAUUAUUUCUACCUAUGUACAUAGCGUACUACCUAACAUAAUUUAAGUUGAGGCCUACUUGGGGAUCUAUUGAAUCUGUAUCGCGGAAGUUCAGCGUUACACGCUUGAUUGAAAUUUAUUAAGGCAAUAUUCCCCCAUUAGCAGACUGCAUUCAUAGUAAACGCAGUAUAUGUCGGCUCAAUCGGGAAUUACCUUUACAUUUCUGUCGCAGAAUGUGUAAAGCUUCAACAAUACAGAUGAUUGAAAAGCCUUUGACCUUGCUAAAUCAAUGGUAUAUUGUCGUUACAUUGCGCUUUUGUGCUGUUUUUAAAUCGAACAAAAACGUUGGCUACUGCCUGAACGCCUGGUGUGAUUUCCAUGUCCAUUGGUUGUCGUAAGUGUGUAAGUGUGGUAUAGUAAGUGUGGUAUAGGCCUAGGUGUAUUUUGAGAAAAAUAUUGUUAUUUAAAUUUUGCAAAGUAAAAUGCAAGUGUCAGUCAUUUUCAGUAAUUCACAGUAUUUCAUUAACAGAUACUUUGCAACUUUGUGACUAGGGAUUCACAUUUCCCCGGAAACUUUCCAACUUUCAGUACCGGGGAUACUUCAUAUGUAUCCCUUUGAGUCCCAGAAAGUACGCCGAAAAUCGGAAGUGCCCAAUUCAAAACGUUUAAAACCAAAAUAUGGCCACUAUGCCAGGGUACUGCCCAAAUAAUAAGCGCGCUGUGCCACCUUGUCGACUGAGCUGCACCACUAUGUAAAGAUUUCAGAGCAAAUUAAACUGAUAUUUAGUAAUGAACUAUCUUUGAUCGCCAAUGACACUGUUGUGAAUUAAAUUCCAUAAAUUCCGAGCAUUAUCAUGUUCCUCAAUUAAUGUAGUGCAUAUCUCGAUACAGAGCGCGCUCAGGACGCACAGAGCGCACCCCGAGUAUAGCGUUGUCUGAUCAUGCAAACUUGCUAAGCUUGCUAGAUAACCUCCUUCAACUAUUGACAUAAUAUAUUCUAUAUUUGGCAAAAUCGAGUUGAUGAUUAUACAGAUAGUAUAUCAGGAAAUUAACAACAGAGAGAUUUAAGAGUAUAAAUUGUUAAAAAUGUCAAGGUAUCUUAACAGGAACCAACUCUAAAAAUAUCCAUAUCUACUUUCAUACGGUCUGUUGAUCACGCAUACCGAAGCUCUCAUCUGGGCAGCAACUAUACAGUAAAUUGUUAACAGACUGUGACAGAGAUGCCUAUAUAGGGAAUUGUGCACAGGCCUGUCAAAUGUGUGACUGUCUGGAGAGGCACACGUCAAAUAGGCACACGUUAUUUUACAGGCUCUAUUGUAGGGGUUUCCUGUAGGGCAGAGCUCUAAAGAUAAAGAUAUUUCGGAAGCUAUAGCAAUACAUUUAUUAAUGUCUACAUUUGUUUUUGCCACAUUUAUUCUAUUACAGACAACUUGAUGCAUACAAAAUAAAAAAAUAUUUACUUUUCCCCCCUUAAAGUAUACAUUUUUUGAGAUUCCUAAUGUUGCUGUCCCCACUACAACAACAAAAAAAUACAAUCCCGAAGACACAGAUCUUUGAGCUAAAGUAGGCUAAUGCAAUUAGCAUGAGCUUGUAAUCUAACUGCACUGUCCAAUUUACAGUAAGUAUUACAGUGAAAUAAUACCAUGCUAUUGUUUGAGAAGAGUGCACCAUUUUGAACAUGAAAAAUUAUUAAUAAACAAAUUAGGCACAUUUGGGCAGUCUUAAUAACGUUUUUGAACAGAAAUGCAAUGGUUCAUUGGAUAAGUCUAAAGCGUUUCACAUACACUGCUCCAUCUAGUGGCCAAAAUAUAAAUUGCACCUGGGCUGGAAUAAUACAUUAUGGCCAUUCUCUUGCAUUUCAAAGAUGAUGGUACAAUUUUUUUUUCAAAAUAACGUUUUUUUCCUUCUUUGUAUUAUCUUUUAUCAGAUCUAUUGUGAUAUAUUCUCUUACAUUACUUUCACAUUUCCACAAACUUAAAAGUGGUACCUAUCAAAUGGUACCAAGACUAUGCAAAUCCUUGCUUAAGGGCCUGUGAUUGUGUCCUGGAAACAUUUAAUUGAAAUACUGUAUAAUUACAUUAAUUCCUGUGGAGGACUGCUCCUACUAGGGAGUGCCAAUAUGGCCAAUCGGUGGCUUCAAAGCCUCCCAAUGGCCAGGGUUUAUUUACAUCAUUGACUUGUUUUAUUAUGAACUACAAGUAGAGCUUUGGAAACGAGUGCUGUAAAUAUUAUAACAUUUUCUGUGACUGAUGCCUGUGAAAUACAUGUACUCUUCGCUAAACAAAUGUAAUGACUGAUAUGUCUACCAAUACAUUUGCAUAAUACAAUUAUUUCUCAUGGCCAUUUUUUAAUCUUAUUUAGCAGUGAUGUUAACAAGUUUGGCACAAAUAUGUGGAAAAUCAUCAACACAAUAAAAACUACACAUUUUGGAAAACCGUCAGUGCCAAGGGUAAGACAGAACUGGCAGGAGCUAAUAUACGAUAAGUGAAUUUGUCCAAAUACUUAUGACUUCUUCAAAAGGAGGGACUAGAUACACAAGGUGCUUUCAUUUCUGAAUGGUAAAAGCAGUGGUGUAAAGUACUUAAGUAAAAAAUACUUUAAAGUACUACUUAAGUCGUUUUUAUGGGGAUAUGUACUUUACUAUUUAUAUUUUUGACAACUUUUACUUUUACUUCACUACAUUCCUAAAGAACAUUAUGCACUGUUUACUCCAUAUAUUUUCCCUGACACCCAAAGGUACUCAUUACAUUUUGAAUGCUUAGUAGGACAGAAAAUGGUUCAAUUCGCACACUAAUCAAGAAAACGUCCCUGGUCAUCCCUACUGCCUCUGAUCUGGCGGACUCCCUUUACACAAAUGCUUUGUUUUUAAAUGAUGUCUGAGUGUUUGAGUGUGACCCUGGCUAUCCGUAAUUAAAAUAAAAGUGUCUGGUUUGCUUAAAAAAUAA